AAGUUGAGUUGGUUGUACUUGUUAUUAAAAACUUGUCGCUCAACUACCGUUUUCCAGUUCUUGGACAAUGGCAACUCACAAACUCGCUUUGAUCAUCCAAAAUCCUUCAAACCAAAACGAGUUUCUCCUCAUUAAGCAAUCACGUCCUCCCAAAUUCAACGACGAAGAAUACGAUUCUUUCCUCGAUUCUGAUCUCUGGGACUUACCUUCAGUGCAGUUGAAUCCACUGCAACCACAAUCGGACCCACCGGUCGAGGUACAAAUUUCGGUAUCACAUUCCGAUGAGUUCAAUUUCAGUGAAUUCGAUAUCCAUUCCGCUCUAAAAGAGGUUUUUGGAGAGUUAGGGUUUGGGAUUGUUGAAAGAGGAGAGUGGAAGUUUCAUAAGUAUGUAAAGGAACCUGCGUUUGGACCUGGUUUACCUGUUAACACUGUUUUCAUUGCUGGGAAGCUUGUAGAUGAUGAGAUCAAGGACUUUUCAGAUUCGUAUAAAUGGAUGUCCAUUCAAAGCUGUCUUAACUGGCUUCUGGAAGUGAUUCCACAUGGUGAUCGUGUUGGACCAUUGGUAGUUGUCGGUCUUGUAAAUGACUCGUCUGUCUCUGCAAACUGGGAAGCCCCUCCAGCCAUCAACUACCAGGAGUAUCCGACUGGUGUUAUACUCAUUCCUAUGGGAAGUAGGACAGCGAAGCCUUUUCACACAACAAAUUUGGUGGUGUUUGCACCUGAGAAUGUUCCAAAUGCUUCCAAGGACAAUCAACUUAUUGUUUAUGGAGAUGCACUGAUAGUUGAUCCAGGAUGUCUGUCAAAAUUCCAUGGAGAGCUAAAGAAUAUUGUUACUGCUUUGCCAAGAAGACUAGUGGUCUUUGUCACCCAUCAUCACCGUGACCAUGUUGAUGGUCUCUCAGUUAUACAGAAGUGCAAUCCUGAUGCUAUUUUGUUAGCGCAUGAGAAUACCAUGAGACGCAUAAGUAGAGAUGAUUGGUCACUCGGCUAUACCUCGGUUACUGGAGAUGAAGACAUUUACAUUGGUGGUCAGAAAUUGAAAGUUAUUUUUGCACCGGGACAUACAGAUGGCCAUAUGGCAUUGCUUCAUGUGAAUACACAUUCCUUGAUUGUAGGUGAUCAUUGUGUCGGUCAGGGAAGUGCUCUUUUGGACAUAAAUUCUGGUGGAAAUAUGUCUGAAUACUUUGAAACCACAUACAAAUUUCUGGAGCUUUCACCACAUGCUUUGAUACCUAUGCAUGGGAGAGUUAAUGUCUGGCCAAAGCAGAUGUUGUGUGAAUAUCUAAAGAAUCGUAGGAGUAGAGAAGCUGCUAUCUUAAAAGCUAUUGAAGGUGGAGCAAAAACAUUGUUUGAAAUUGUUGCCUAUGUAUAUUCUAAUGUUGACCGACGUGCCUGGAUUCCUGCAUCAUCAAAUGUGAGGCUCCAUGUGGAUCAUUUGGCCGAGCAACAUAAAUUACCAAAGGAUUUUUGUCUAGAAACUUUCAGUUCCAGUUUGGUUGCAUUUGCUGACAACUUGGGUAAAUUAUAGAUGUGUACAGCAGCACUGGGUGGCUCACUGACUACCCUCAUCCAUUAAAAUUUACCUGAUAAAAUUUGCAGCUCUAUCCUCAAAGUCAGUUGUAUGUGCUGAAAUGGCCCUGUAUAACAGGAACUGCAUUCAAUAUUUUUUGUAAAAUAUAUAUAGCCUGUUGAGAGGAAUUGCUUGUGAGAUUGGAUGUUAAAUCGUCGAAACUGACUGAACAUGCUGCAUCUACCCUAGGAAUUUUCAAUCCGGAAUUUCAAAAAUACAUGUGGACUACAUUUUCUGUCGCGAUGGAUAUGGGGUUACACCAGUUGCAGCAUACAUCCAAGGAAAUCUUCAUUUCUUAUUGCUGGUGUUCUGGUUGGCAUUGCUGUUUUGGUGCAUUGUUCUGCCAAAACCAAAUUCAGGAAAUAGACAUUGCCUAUCUUAGUUAUAGUUUAAAUUGAACUUCUAUGUAAAGAUGAUAUGAUGUUUUGUUCUUAGAAACUUCAGAUGCGAUUGAACUGUUUCUAGCGAGUUUGUUAUUACUAUACUGGAAAGUUAUUUUAAUAUGAUUAUUGGUGCAAUUUGAAUGAAUAAUGGUUGGUCU